UCUUUCUUCCUUCCACUCUCAACCUCAUCUCAUAUACUAUAAAUAACACAAAACAAAUCAAAUUUCAUAAACAAAACAAAAAACCAUUAGAGUAAGAAAAAACACAAACAACCGAAAACCAAAAAUGCAAAAAGAACAAGAAUACGAAGAGAAUGUAAUGGACUCGUUGUUGUGUCCAAGUUUCAGCACUUAUUCUUCUAAUAACCUAAACGACGUCGCUGAACAGGUUAUUAACGAAAACGACCACUCACACUCCCAAAACGACAAAGAUGAUUUCGAAUUCGUCGCGUUUCGAAAAACUGCUGAUGAAGUUUUUUUCGAUCACCGCCGCCGCAAUUCGAUUCGUGGUGUUUUUCCGAUCUUCAACCGCGACGACGAAAAGAUAAAUUCUGUUGAGGUGGAGAUUUCAGUUCCGUUACGGGAAUUGAUGAAUUCCGAUUGCGACAGAAGGAAUUCCGACGUGGCAGAAGAUUCAAUUCCGUUACAGAAAUUGAAUAUUCGCGACGGCCACAGAAGGAAUUCCGAUGCAGUGGAUAUGAUGUUUCCAUUACGGAAAGUAUAUACCGAAGAUCAGAAGCGAGAUAUUGAUCAUCCGUCGUCGUCUUCGUCUGACGUGGGGGGCGACCUUGAUGAGGUUUCGCCGGCGUCAUAUUGCCUGUGGACACCGAAAUCUCCGACAGUGUCGCCGAUGUCGUCUCCGAUCAAAUGUAAUAAAAGCAAUUCGACUGGUUCGUCUUCGAAUUCUUCGUCAUCAAAGCGAUGGAAGUUUUUGAGUUUACUCAGGCGGUGUAAAAGCGACGGAAAAGAAUCGUUGAUUCUCGUAUCUCCGUCAUUAGAGUUUAAGAAGGAAGCAAAAGUGGAGAAUUCGAAGGUGAAAAUCAGUGGAAAAGGAAGCGUAGAGAAGAAUAUUGCCAAAGUGGUUGAAAAAAAGAUUCCGGUAACUAAGAGGAAUAUUCCGGCACCGGUGACGGCAAUGGAAGCGUUUUAUCUAAGUAAGAGAGAGAUUAAGAGAAAAGCAUAUUUACCGUAUAAGCAAGAGUUAAUUGGUUUUGGUGUUGGUUUUCAUGCUAAUAUUGGAAGAGGUUUUCCUCUUCAUGUUUGAUUCAUUUUACUCAAGUUUUGACUAUUUUUAGUCCAAAGAAAAAAAAUUAGGAUUUUUAGAUUAAUUUUUUAGUUAUAAAUUUCUUACAUCAUUCAGUUUUUGUGUAUGAAAAAGUGAAAAAGAAACGUAACUUUGUAAUUAUUUGAAUCAUGAUUCUAGGAAAAUUUGUGAUAAUAUAUGUGGAUAGUGAUGUUUCUGUCUAUAUGUGAGAGAAUGAGAAAGAGAUCAACGAUCACUUUCUAGUCAA